GCGGGUCCCGCUCUUGUUUCCGGCGGGAGGCGCGUGUCCUGCAGUGGGGGCGGCGCGGCCGUGGGCCCUCUUCCCGGAGCUCCCCCUCCGCGCGCCCGGUGAGCUUGCUUGUCCCUGCGGGGCGGAGCCGGUGCCCGCGGUCCCUGAGCCCCGCGCUCACAGCGCCCGGUGGGGGAGGAGCCCGAGCAGCCCGAGGCCGAGGCGGAGAUGGCGGCCGCCCAGGGGUCUCAUCCGGGAUCCUCUUGCCUGGCGAGGUGGGGUCCCAAGUGGAGUGGGAAGAUGUGUCCCCCGGGCUUUGGGCGGCCCGCACUGUCUGGGCGUCUCACCUUUGCACUGAAUCCGAGAGAAGGCCUGAGACUGUUGGGAGGAGACAGCGUGACCAACGCAGGCACUGCGGCAACCAGGCAACCUCGUGCCCGAGCCAAGGGGCUGCUGACCUUCGGGGACGUGGCCGUCCGGUUCUCCCAGGAGGAGUGGGAAUGCCUGGCGCCUGCCCAGCGGGCCUUGUACAGGAGCGUGAUGCAGGAGAACUACAGCAACCUGGUCUCUGUGGCACUUUCUUCUCAUUACAAAAAAGGAUUGUUACUUCAGCAAGUCAUAAAAGACUCAUUCCGAAGAGUGCUCCUGGGAAGAUCUGGGAGCCGUGACCCUGGGGACUCACACCUGAGGACACACAGGGACAGUGCAGCUGAGCAUGGAGGGCAGGAUGGCCAUCACGAAGGAAUGCAGAGUCACGGGAGGAACCCCCGGGACAAGCCUGUCCCUGUCUGUGGGGACCCGCAGCCUGGGGUGACUCAGGACAAAACCCAGUUUAAUUCAGUUACUGUUGCAGCACAAUGUUUUUCUGUGAGUAAAUGGCAUCAUCCUGUUUUGAAACAUAACUUUUCUCAGAAAGAAAAUUUGAAAAAUCUGAAAAUGGAGGCCUGCCAUGGUCCAAAUAAUCAUUUCAAUCAUUUAAAAUACAGCAGUGGAUUAGAUACUCAGUCACUUAAUUCUGAGGACCAAAGAUAUAAUGAAGAAAAAAUAUGUAAGUAUGUUGAAAUAGACAAUUCCUUGAUGAAGGAUGUAUUAUUCCAUGAACAAGUAAUUCCCACUCAUGCUAAAGCCUACAGUUUUGAUAACUGUCAGAGAGAGAGUGUCUACCCAGCAUUGCUUAAUGAAUAUCAGUGCAUAGACAACGAGAGAGAACCUCACUUGUGUAAUAAAAGUAAGCAUGCCUUUAGGAAGGGCUCUAUAUUUAAAAAUUGCCAAGGUAUUUACAUUCAAGAAGGAACAUGUCAAUCUAAUGAUCCUGGAAUAAAUGAUAACAGAGGACCACUCCAUAGAAAACAUCAGAGAAUUCAGAUUCCAGAAAACCAUUACCCAUGUAGUAAAUAUAGACAAGUCUUCAAGGAAUGGUCAAAUGUUAUCAUAUAUCAGGGUAUCCACAUUGGAGAUAAUCCUUACAAAUAUAAGGAAUGUGGCAAAACUUUUAAUCACUUCUCAAAAGUGAUUAAACAUCAGAGAAUUUACACUGGUGAGAAAGCUUGUAAAAGUGAAGAAUAUGGGAAAGCCUUUAGUGAAUUCUCCCAUCUGAACUGUUAUGAAAGUAUUCAUACUGGAAAGCAACCAUGCAAAUGUAAAGAAUGCAGCAGAUCCUUCACUUGUUCCUCAAUUGUAACUGCACAUGAAAGAAUGCAUAUGGGAGAAAAACCUUACAAGUGUAAAGAAUGUGGAAAAGCCUUUAAGUGGGACUCACACCUUAGUCAGCAUCAGAGAAUUCAUUCUGCAGAAGUACCUAACAAAUAUAAAGAGUGCAGCAAAUUCUUUUCUUUCUCAGGACUUAAUAUGCAUGAGAGAAAUUUUGGUGGAGAGAAGCUUCACAAAUGUAAGGAAUGUGGCAAAACCUUUAAGCGGGGCUCAUACCUUACUUGGCAUCAGAGAAUUCAUUCUGGAGAGAAACCUUACAAAUGUCAAGAAUGCGGCAAAUCCUUUAUUCGUGCCUCAAGUCUUUAUGUGCAUCGUAGAACUCAUACCGGAGAGAAACCUUACAAGUGUAAGGAAUGUGGAAAAGGCUUUAAGCACAACUCACACCGUAAUCGACAUCAGAGAAUUCAUUCUGGACAGAAACCUUUCAGAUGUGAGCAAUGCAACAAUUCCUUUACGUCUUCCUCAAGUCUUACUGUGCACCAGAGAAUUCAUACAGGAGAGAAGCCUUACAAGUGUAAGGAAUGUGGGAAAUCCUUCACUUAUUCCUCCAGUCUUACUGUGCAUAAGAGAAUUCAUACUGGAGAGAAGCCUUACAAGUGUAAGGAAUGUGGAAAAGCCUUCAUUUCUUCCUCACAUCUUAAUAUGCAUGAGAGAGUUCAUACUGAAGAAAAGCCUUGCAAAUGUAAAGAGUGUGGAAAAGCCUUUAAGCGGGGCUCAUAUCUUACUCAGCAUCAGAGAAUUCAUUCUCGACAGACACCUAACAAAUGUAAAGAACACAGGAAGUUCUUUAGUUCCUUAGAUCCUCAUGUGCAUGAGAGAACACCUAGUGCAGAGAACUCUCGCAACUGUAAGCAAUGUGGCAAAGCCUUUAAGUGGGGCUCACACCUUAAUCGACAUCAGAGAAUUCAUUCUGGAGAGAAACCUUACAAGUGUAAAGAAUGCAGCAAAUCGUUUACUCGUUCCUCAGGUCUUUAUGUGCAUAAUAGAAUUCAUACAGGAGAAAAACCUUACAAGUGUAAAGAAUGUGGCAAAGCCUUCAUUUCUUCCUCAAGUCUUAGUAUGCAUGAGAGAAUUCAUACUGGAGAGAAGCUUUACAAGUGUAAAGAAUGUAACAAAUCCUUCAUUUCUUCCUCAAAUCUUAGUAUGCAUGAGAGAACUCAUACUGGAGAGAAGUCUUACAAGUGUAAAGAAUGUGGAAAAGCCUUUAAGUGGAAGUCAGACCUUAAUCGACAUCGGAGAAUUCAUACAGGAGAGAAACCUUAUCAGUGCUAAGAAUGCGGGAAACCCUUUACAGUACAUGUCACUCAAAUCUUAAAGUUCAUGAGAGAGUUCAUAGUGGGGAGAAGCCUUGCAAUUGCAGAGAAUGUGCAAAAGCCUUUAGUGAUUCAUUAAGUGUAAAUAAACACAAGAAUAUCCAUGCAGGAGUAAAGUCUUAAAAGUGUAAAGAAUGUAACAAAGCAUUUACCUAGUCCUCUUCCUUACUCGACAUCAGAGAGUUCAUUCUGGACAAAACCUUAGAAACGUAAGGAAUUCAGGAAAUGUUUUUCAUGUCUUCAAAACUUACACUUCCUCAGAGAAUACAUACUGGAGAGAAACUGAAGAAACACAAGGAAUGUUUCAAAACCUUUAAGCGGUGCUCAAGCCUUACUGCAUGGCAGAAAGCUCAUACUAGAGAGAAUAUGAUAUAUCCACUGAUGCAAGAAAGACUCUUGGGUAAACUAUAAAUGUAGGGAGUAUGAAAGUGUUCAGAUGGGAGAAAAAAUGUACAAAUUUGAAUACAGUGGGAAAGCUGUCAACUGUUCCUCACACAGAGUGUGUGGGAGAAUUCAUAGUGGAGAGAAAACAUAACCAGUAUCAGUAGUAUGGAAACACCAUUGCCCAAGACAUAUACCUUAAAAAUGAGUGUCUUCAUAAAAGACACUUUACAGGUACAAAAUAAGCUGGAAAAUGUUUGAGUGAAAAUCUAAAUUAGCCAGGAAAGACUUACAUAAUACUAAGACACCAAAUUUUUUAGAAGUUACUCUCAAGAGUAUUUUUUAUUGGAAUGACCCAAAUUAAUAGCGAUCAGGUUAUUGACUUCAUAAUUUGUGUAAGUCUAAAAGGGGAUGUUUGCAUAGUACAGUGCCCUCCACCCCUACCCCAACUCCAGAUGCCAGUUUCAGGCCCCAGGCAGUUAACCUGUGCUUCUGACCUACAGGCUACACAUUAGAGUUUCCCAUGACCUCCCCUUCGGUUUUGAUUAAUUUGCUAAUGUGACUCACAUAACAGGAAUAUUUAUGUUUAUCAGUUUAGUGAGGGAAUACCAUAAAGGAUAUAAGUUAACAAAAGGAUGAAGGGAGACACAGGGCAAGGUCCCAAAUAAAGGGGCAUCUAUCAUGGAGUUUGGGGCCUGACUCAAUGUAAAGUGGAGGUGGUUUUGUUCCCCAAGCUUAGAAUCCCUUUCAGCCUGAAAAGCAGGAUCCAAGAGAACACAGCAUCAAGCUGUUCUCAGGGGUUUUGUGAUGGCUUUAUUCUAUAGCCAUGACUGAUAAAUUAUUGUCCAUUGUCUGGAUCAACCUGCAGCCCCCGCCUUUGGGUGGGGGUCCAAGUGUCUCAUUAAGAUGACAAGACACUUGUUUCACCUUUAAGACUAUUCAGCAUUUUCAGGAACUGUGGAUAAAGACCAAAUAUACCUGGGAAAUAUAUAUUUCUUUAUGCGAAUGAUCAAAUAUGUAUUUUUUCAUCAGUCAUUAUAUCACAGUCUCCUUCCCCCUUGGUCUUCAAAUACAGUUUCUGUACAGCAAAAUGAUCAUGCCUGUCCAAGCACUUAUAUCUGGAAUGGCAUUUACACAACAAAUAAAACAGUGGGACCAAUGCAAAUAGGCCUAAAAUUUGAUGAAGCCCGUGUGGGGUGGACACAGAUUUAAAGAGACAACUCAUUUGUCCUGUACAGUCUUAUGACCAUAGACCAUAUAUUCAACCAGAGUAAUGUAACUCUGGCUUGCAGACUGUAAUUCAGUGUCAUGUUUCCAAAAGCACAGGUGGUCUUCACGAUGGUUACCUGGUAGCUUUUGCUAGGAGAUAAUUAAUACUGUUCUGUUGCUCUGAGCCUCUCUUGCAGCACUAGUUAAGUCGGGUUUCCCUCAUUGCAUAACCCACUUAUCCAUCCCUUUACCAGCUGUAAUUUCUCACCCUCUCCACUUGUCAUGUACUUUACCCAGACUUUUCCCCAUGUGAAAGGGAUAUUAAGUUCAGCUACUGUGGUGGUCCCAAUUGCUGACAGCAAUAUACUAGUCCCACAAGUGCCUCCCCUGCCAUCCUCUCCAACUCACAGAAGAUAGGGGCAGAGCUAGCGGUGUCUGCCACUAGGUUGCACAGUGUAUCUCACUGUCAGCCCCAGCUUGGUCAGAUGGUGCAAUGGCACAGGCCACCCCAUCAGGCCCUUAAGAAUCCUGAGAGUUAAGGGUAAGGUUACAGAUUCUUGCUUAGUAACCUUCCUGCUCCUCAUAAACACAGUUGCAGCCCUGGACCUGGGAUCACUGCAUCUAGUAGGAAAAAAGCUAGUUGUGCUGACGUGGUAAAGAAUAGUUGCACUAGCAUCUUUCCCCACCUCCUUUUCCCCAGAUUCCCCAGAAAACUGGAAGAUUCUAUCCUGUGGGGACCCUCCUUUAGCUAUGUCAUGUUAAGGAUGAGCAUGUAUACUCUUUGAGGCUUGUAAGUCAGCCCUUCAUGUCUUUAUCUCCCCGUUUUAGACGGUGAAAGUUUCAACUGCCCUUUCCAUUUUUAUUAAACUAUUCUGAGGAUUA